AUGGCUCUCCAGGUGGUCUGGCUCCUGCUCGCGCUGUCCGGCGUCCUGAACGUGCGCUCCUGCGGGGCUUAUACCUGCCCCCCCAUCUGCCGCUGCACCCCCGACUCCUUUCAGUGCAACAGGGACACCCAGCUGGCCCCCCGGGCAGGAGCAGCAUCUGUGCUUCGACUAAGGCUCACCCAUCUGCCCUUGAAGCGAGUACCCAGCCAUGCCUUCAAGGAGCUGCUCAACGUUACCAUCAUAGAGAUCUCCCAGAGCGACUGCAUCACGCACAUCCAGAGACACGCCUUCCUCUCCCUCCACAGUCUGACACAAAUCUCAGUGCAGAAUAUCAACAGUCUGAGAGUUAUUGAAAAGGGUGCCUUCACUGACCUGCCCAGGCUUGAGUACAUGAGCAUCUCAAACACAGGCAUCCUUCACCUCCCAGAUUUCACAACCAUCUCUACCUUGGCACCAAAUAUUAUUCUAGAAAUGGCGGACAACAUGAUGAUCGAUGUUAUCCCUGCCAGUUCCUUCCAGGGCAUCACAAAGGACUACAUCGACAUGAACCUGGUCAGAAACGGCUUCAAGGAAAUCAAGUCUCAUGCGUUCAACGGGACGAAGAUCAACACUCUAAAUUUGCGAGACAACGAGUUUCUCAGUCACAUCCACCAAGAUGCUUUUGAAGGAGCCAUAGGUCCAAAGUACCUGGACGUUUCUUCCACAAUUCUGAUUUCCCUCCCGCAUAAAGGGUUGAACCAGGUGCUCUCCCUGAACGCCAGCUCUGCGUUCACUCUCAAAAGCCUCCCUCCAUUAGAAAGCCUCGCCGAGCUGCUGGAGGCCGAGCUGACGUACCCGAGCCACUGCUGCGCCUUCCACACGGGGCGUCGGAAACGAAGGGAAAGUGCCUCGAAAAACUUAACCAAGUUGUGUAAUCUCAGUGGAACUGGAUUAGAGCCCACCGAUGAUGCCACGAGUCUCAUUAACGACAUCAACUUUCAGUAUCCAGACCUGGAAUUUGAUUGCCUCAACAGCCCCUUUGUCACGUGCACCCCAAAGCCGGAUGCCUUCAACCCCUGUGAGGACCUGCUGGGCUUCCCCUUCCUGCGCUGUCUCACCUGGAUCAUUACAGUGUUUGCCGUGUUUGGAAACCUCGCCGUCCUCAUCAUCCUGCUCGUUAGCCACCGCAAGCUGAGCAUCUCCAGAUUCCUCAUGUGCAACCUGGCCUUUGCAGACCUCUGCAUGGGGCUCUAUCUGAUGCUGAUCGCCUUCAUGGACCAUCACUCCCGCCAUGAAUACUACAACCACGCUACGUACUGGCAGACGGGGCCUGGCUGCAGCACUGCAGGGUUUCUGACCGUGUUUGCCAGUGAGCUCUCAGUGUACACACUGACUGUCAUCAGCCUUGAACGCUGGCACACCAUCACCAAUGCCAUGCAUGUCAACAAGAGGCUGCGGAUGCAUCACGUGACGGCCAUGAUGGGGGCAGGCUGGGCCUUCUCUCUGCUGGUCGCCUUGCUCCCUCUAGUGGGCGUCAGCAGUUACAGCAAAGUGAGCAUCUGCCUGCCCAUGGACAUCGACACUCUGGCCUCUCAAGUGUAUGUGGUGGCUGUGCUCAUCCUCAACGUUGUCGCGUUCCUGGUGGUGUGCUACUGCUACGUGUGCAUGUAUCUCAGCGUUCACAACCCCGAGCACGCCACCCGCCACGGAGACACAAAGAUUGCCAAACGCAUGGCCGUGCUCAUCUUCACAGACUUUCUGUGCAUGGCGCCCAUCUCCUUUUUCGCCAUCUCCGCCGCCCUGUGUGUGCCCCUCAUAACCGUGUCCCACUCCAAAAUCCUGCUCAUCCUUUUCUAUCCCAUCAACUCCCUGUGCAACCCGUUCCUGUACACCAUCUUCACACGAGCGUUCAGGAAGGACGUGUGCCGGCUGCUGAGUCGCUGCCACCCCGCCAGCUCGGGCUUCUACAGAUCACAGACUCUGGCAUCGCAGCAGACCUGCUCCAACAACGUGGCCGACGGGCAAACUCAAUCGCUCAGCUUUUAUGCUUACCACCUUAAGAUGAAGGGCUGCUUUCAGCGCAGGAUGGAAACUCAAAAGCAACAUUUUCCCACUUGCUUUAACUGA